UCUUGCCCACCUGACAACUCAGACAACGCCGACUGGACUAAUACAAGGCAUGGCUCCUGUACGUGUUAUUUUGGCCACGGGACUGGCUGUGGCCUCACUGAGCGUUGAUGCUUUUGUCUCGCCCCGAGCGUCAACUCUGGUUGGGCGAAGAGCCGGCUGUCACGCAGCAACAUCAAGACCACUUCACCAGCGCAUGAGGAUGGCCGACGAAGACAUCGUCGACGCGGCGGAGAAAGCCACUGACGGGGUAGCCGCGGCAAUCAAGGACGGAGCGGACAGCAUUGGCAAGGCCGCCAUGGAAGGGGCGAAGGACGUGGCCCUGGCCGCUAAGGACAGGGUCAGCCUGGGAGGGGUUGAGGUGUCCCCCCUGGGCGUGGGGGCCUGGUCGUGGGGGGACACGGUGUUCUGGGGCUACAGCGAAGCCAUGGACAAGGAGCUGCAGGAGGUGUUUGGCAACUGCGUGGGUGGGGGGGUGAAUCUUUUCGACACGGCCGAGGUGUACGGGGUAGGGAGAUCGGAGUACCUCUGCGGGAAGUUCAGGCGGGACUACAAGGGAAUCGACAAGAACGGAAUAGUUAUCGCUAGCAACUUCGCCCCGCUUCCGUGGCGACUGGGACGUGGCUCCGUGGUUGACGCCUGCAAGGCGUCGCUGGACCGGAUGGGGGCGGAGAGCAUGGAGAUCUAUCAGAUCCACUGGCCGUUCGGGGCGCUGAACUCGCGCUACUGGGACGGUCUGGCGGACUGCGUUGACCAGGGCCUCGUAAAGGCGGUGGGCGUGAGCAACUACGGACCGGAGGCCGUCAAGGACGCGCACGCGGCCCUGAAAGCGAGAGGAGUCAAACUUGGCAGCAACCAGAUACAGUUCUCGCUCGCUAACAGGAAGCCCGAAACCAGCGGCAUGUUGAGGCUGUGCGAAGACCUGGACGUUCGCGUGCUGGCCUACUCGCCGCUGGCGCAAGGGCUCUUGACGGGAAAGUACUCCAAGGACUUCGUACCGAGUGGACCGCGAGGAAGGGUGUUCAAGAAGAAGCUCCCCGCCGUCGCGCCGCUCGUGGACAAGCUCAAAGAAAUUGGAACCCCAAGGGACAAAACACCUGCACAGGUUUCCCUGAACUGGUGCAUUACCAAGGGAACUAUUCCGAUCCCGGGAGCGAAGAACAUCAGACAGGCGGAUGAAAAUUGCGGGGCGUUGGGGUGGCGACUGUCGGAGGAAGAAAUGUUCGCGCUUGACGCCGCAGCUUCGGCUGCCGGGCUGUAAACCGAGCGACGGGGAUGCCCCCCAAUGGCUGACUGAUCCUCGUGAAGCCGGCUCGGUGCUUUAUCUGUCUGGACGCGAAGCAAAGCCCGCGUUAUUGUGAUGUUAUGGAGGGGCGCGGUCUGCAUGUGGCGGAUAUCUCAAAUCGCGGGAGACUAACGGUUUGUCUAACGAGGGGCAGCAGCCCCCCUCCCCGGGCGCAGGUGAAAUUGCUGCUCUUCGUCCUCGAGAGGAAUAUGUCGGAUGUCGAUGAUGGUGACCCAGGAACGACCGAUCCAUCGGCCUAGUCGUAGAAGGAACGAAGGACUGUCGUUGCCGUCGAGAACUAGCGACCCAAGAAAUGUAUUAUGGUUUGCCCUGUAGAGUACAGAAAAUGAGGAAGAAGUACGGCCGAGACGAGACGAGAGACAAAGGCCAUAUCACCCUUGUUGGCUGUGCAAAACCUCGAGAGUGGAAAGAAAGAAGGGAACAACAGCGUCGGUGUGUGUCUGUACUGGAGGUGAUCGUUGCCGCUCCUAUAUCUUGCCUUGGUCCGCGCACGUCGGGGUGGCGCCUUGAUGGUUACGGUUCAUGCAACGACGCGAUAUGGCGUGAGGGCUAGGCAGCUUCCGCUCGUUCGUGGUGUCUGCGUUUAUCGAGGCACCGCGGGCAAUGUCGGCGAAAGUCCCGAACCUACAGAGCCCUACAGGGGCGGAAGAGUAGUGUACUAUAGUACCCCCGUUUGUCCGAUUCAUUUCACACGUGGGGUGAAUACACGCGUGGGGACGCAGUUCUUUGCUGCAAGAUUGUACCCAGGAGGGCGAGGAUAUGGUUCUCUUGUGGUCGACGCAGUCUACUGUGUGUGGGGGGCGUCCACGUUCGUAGCUAGAACGUACCGGUAUAGAAGAAAGGCACCGGGAUUGAAUACCGAGCGCUUGCCGGGCCCCCUGGAACAACCCUAGGCCAGGCCAGCAGGCUAUGUUUUUGUCACAGGACAGCGAUUUGUGAACGAGCCAGCGGGGGGGGGGGGGGUACU